ACUUCCUCCAAGAGUGGAGCAUGCGUAUUACACUCAGCGAUCACCGUUUCGUCGUAUUGCGCAUGCGUGCCUCGCUCUUUUCCCGGACUCUUGGAAUAUAAACAAUAUCACAGCGAAGAGAAGCAGUUAUGUAGCAUUCCAGCCGUGGCAGCCAUAAAUGGGAACUGAAGAAUGUGUCUUAGUACAAACCAAACUAAACUGAGGAGAUUAUUAACCACUGACUGGACUUGGUGGUGCUUACCAAAAACACAAGCCUAGGACGGUGAAAAAUAUAUGAAAGAAAAGAGCUAUUUUAAAAAGACGAAACUGAAAAUUCCACAGAAAAACAGAACAAAAGUAAAAAAGCAAUAAUAACAAUAAUAAAUAUAUUUGUGAAUUGACUGUGGAAUAUUUUCAGAUUUGAAGUGGUAACCAUGAUGAUGGCAGAUAACCGAGAUGAUGAUGAACUUAGCAUUCCAAGAGCAGCUUUGAACAAAAUGAUCAAAGAACUUGUUCCAAAUAUCCGUGUAGCGAAUGACUCCCGCGAAUUGAUACUCAAUUGUUGUACGGAAUUUAUUCACCUUGUCUCGUCAGAAGCCAAUGAAAUCUGUAACAAACAGACAAAGAAAACCAUUUCACCGGAACAUGUACUGGCAGCAUUGGACAGUCUUGGAUUUAGUUCUUACAAAGAAGAUGCUGUCGCUGUGUUAGAGGAAGCCAAGGCAGUUGCUGCUAAGAAACGGAAAGGAAGCUCACGUCUUGAGAACCUUGGCAUUCCAGAAGAAGAACUUUUACGUCAACAGCAGGAAUUAUUUGCCAAAGCUCGAUUGGAACAACAGCAGAUCGAACAGCAACAACGACUGCAAGUGCAGAAUGCGCUGCAACAGCAACAACAACUGCAGCUGACACAGAAGACUAUGGCACAAUCAACAGACAGUCGAGAAGAUGAUGAUGAUGAUGACUACUGUUAAUUAAAAAAAAAAGGGGAAAAACAAACAAACAAACAAACCCACAGACAGGGAAUGUCCCUUCCACCACCAUCACCGCCACCACCAACACCACCACCACCACCUUGUAAUAUUGACAUAAUCAGCAACAGACAUUGAUGAUGACAACGAUGAUGAUGAUGACGAUGACGAUUCAUUUUUAUUAUUUUUAUUAGUGGCGAGCUGGCAGAAUCGUUAGCACACCAGGCAAAAUGCUUAGCGGUAUUUCGUUCGUGUCUACGUUCUGAGUUCAAAUUCCGCUGAGGUCGACUUUGACUUUCAUCCUUUCGGGGUCGACAAAUUAGGUACCAAUGAAAUACUGGGGUCAAGAUAAUCUACUUAUCCACUCACCCCAAAUUUCAGGCCUUGUGCCUUUUGUAGAAAGGGUUAUUAUUAUUAUUAUUAUUAUUAUUAUUAUUAAGCCAAAUAAAAUGUUCCAUCUGACAUACAGUCACUAUCAAGAAAUAGUGAUGAUGAUGAUGAUGAU